CUCAUCAGCCUAUCCUUUAAACAGUUCAAACACGUUACAAACCGUUUUGACUAAUUAAUCCCAAAAAUGAGGGGCAUCGUUCUUGCUUUAAUUGUCCUCACUGGAAUCGUAUUUGCUGAUGAGACUGAUUCCGGAACUGAUGCAUCAAAAGACGUCACAGAUGCCCCUGAGACGGCAGAAGCUACAGAAACCUGUCAGCGGGAGUUUGACUAUAUAGAGGACUUGGAGAACCAAGUUUGGGAGGAGACGGGUGUCCGACCAUCCGGCACAACCAAACCGCAGUGUCUCGAGGAUGGAACUUAUGCCCCACGUCAGUGUAUGUACGGCCACUGUCGAUGUGUAGCUGCUGACGGAACUAUCCUGACAGACAAAGACUUUACAGAAGCCGAAGCUGUUGACACUGACUGUGCAUGUGCACGUGAACAACAUGAUUAUUCCCAGCAGAAAUUGCUCGGAAAGAUGCAUCGUUGUACUGCCAUAGGAAGCUACGAUCCCAUUCAAUGUACCGGAAGCGUUUGCUUCUGUGCUGAUGUCCGAGGUGGACAGAUUGGAGAGGAAACAGUACACAUAGGACUCUUAGAUACGCUCCAGUGUGACUCUGUUACAUUACAAUAAAGUGGCCACUUGAAAUCCAA